AUGGCCACCCAAGCAGAUAGUUCCAGUGACACGCAGGCAUCGCCGGUUGUCAACAAGGAGAUCACUGCUCAUAUCGAGCAUGUCCAUACCAAUGAAAAGGUUCCAGGCCAUCCUGGCUAUUAUGAAAAAGAUGGUCUGCGCACGUAUGGUGAUGACGAGGAUCAUGACCAUGAGCCUCCCAUGACCGUCACAAGAGCCCUGAGCUUGGUCGCCAUGGCCUUCCUCUGGACAGGCUCCCAGAUUCCAGUGUAUAUUCUGGGCGGGAUACCACCGUACAUCUAUAGCGACAUAGGUGGCUCAGAUCGUUGGAUUUGGUUUGUCCUGGCUUACCUACUGGCUCUGGCAGCCAUUUGUCCAUUUGUCGGCUCGAUAUCCGAUCUCAUUGGAAGACGCUGGGUCGCUUCAGGUGGUUCUGGGUUGCUUAUCAUAGCCAUGAUUAUCAGCGGUACUGCGAAGAGCAUGGAGGUCUUUAUCGUCGGCAUGGCAUUCUCAGGAGUCGGCGCCGGUAUCUGCGAGCUGACAUCCCUGGCCGUCACUGCCGAACUUGCCCCAACUCGCAAACGAGGAAAAUACGUCGCCAUCCUUGUCUUCACCAUUCUCCCCUUUUGCCCAUCGGUUUUAUGGGGUCAAUUGAUCGCCCAUUAUGCUGGUUGGCGGUACUGCUGUCUUCUCUGCGGCCUGUGGGCUUGCGUUGGGUUCUUUGGCACCAUAGCCUUCUAUUUUCCCCCGCCUAGACCGAACUCCCGAGGGCUUACCAAGAAGGAAAUCAUUGGUGAGAUUGAUUUUGUUGGUGGUGGGUUGUCCAUCUCCGGUAUGAUCCUGUUUUUGGCUGGCCUGCAAUGGGGAGGCUAUCAAUACCCAUGGCAUUCCGCCCAUGUGCUCGCGCCUCUCAUUAUCGGCGGCUUCUUGCUGUUCAUUGCGUUUCCUUUUUGGGAGAUCAAGUUCGCCAAAUUUCCCAUGUUUCCAUCGCGCAUGAGGAAAGAGGCAAGGAUUCUCACCCUUACCUUGAUCAUUACUGCCAUCUCGGGCGCCAACUUCUUCUCGGUUAUCAUGUUCUGGCCUACGCAGGCCUUCAACGUCUACGGCCAUGACCCAGUCGGCGUGGGUGUUCGAGGAAUUCCCAUCGGUUUCAGCAUUCUGACUGGAGCUUGCGUCGUCCUAUGGCUUCUGUCAGUCUUCCGCGGUCACAACCGUGAACUGAUGAUCGUUUCAUCUGUCCUCAUGACAGCAGGGUGUGGAGCGCUCUCAGUCGCCCGCAUUGACAAUCUUAACACACUCUGGGGUCUUCUCAUUCUUGGAGGUCUCGGCAUCGGCGGCAUUGUCGUCCCUGCCUCCAUCAUGACCACCAUUAUUUGCCCGGACGAUAUCAUUGCGACCGUCGCCGCUCUCACUCUGUCCAUUCGAGUCAUUGGUGGAUGCAUCGGCUAUACCGUGUACUACAAUGUCUUCAUCAACAAGUUUGUUCCCAACGCCACAAAAUACAUCGGGGGCACUAUGGCAUUAGAGCUGGGGAUCACCAACGUCACCUACAUCACCGAGGCCAUUGAGUACACGGGAGCUGCUCUGUUGCCGCUGAUUAAGACCAUUCCUGGCAUCGCUGGUAACGAGACGGCGUAUGAAAUGGUGGUGGUUGCCGGCCAAACUGCUUAUGCCGAGAGUUACAAGUACGUGUACUUGACCAGCAUUGCCUUUGGGUCGAUCAGUAUCUUGUCCAGUAUUUUCCUGGGCAAUAUCGACAAGUAUAUGGAUGACCAUGUUGCGGUGGUUAUGCACUAG